AUGCUGAAAUGCCCCAAGUGCAACAAGGAGGUGUAUUUCCCCAAGCGGGUGACAUCACUAGGCAAGAACUGGCAUCGGCCCUGCCUAAAGUGUGAGAAAUAUGGAAAGACACUGACCUCUGGGGGCCAUGCCAAGCAUGAAGGCAAGCCCUACUGCAACCAUCCCUGCUACUCAGCCAUGUUUGGGCCCAAAGCCUUUGGGCGAGGUGGAGCCGAAAGCCACACUUUCAAGUAGACCCAGGUUGUGGAAACUCCCCCUACCCUCCCAGGCACCUGCCAGGCCUUAACCCUAGACAGCAGGGGCUCUCUGUAGCCCUUCAUGCCUUUAAUAAAACCUGACCUGUUG